AAUUUUUUUAAAUAUUUCUAGUAUUUUAAAACCUUUAGAAAUAGAUAGUUCACAUUAUUUAUACAAGUCAUUAAUUGGACCAUUUAAGAGCAUUGCAUCAAUACUGCACAAUCAACCCAACUUUAUAUUACAUGUUGGUGAUCCUGUACAGAAAUUUGACAGUUUACAGCAAUGGCAAACUGAUUUUUUUGAUCCAUUAAUCAAUUAUAAAUUAAUCCAAAAAUCACCAAUGAUUUUUGCUCAUGGUAAUCAUGACUUUAAUCCAUUGUUAAAUUACCAUUACACAACAAAUAAAUUAUGGUAUUCAUUCACUAUAGCAAAUACACGUUGGAUAGUAUUGGAUAGUAAUAUUGAUGAUGAGUUACAAGAUAAAUGGUUGAUAAAAGAGUUGUCAUCAAUCGAAUCAAAAUUGGCCAAGUUUCGUAUUGUGGUGGUACAUAUACCACCAUUUGUUGAAUUUUGGGAUCCAAAAUCCUGGAAUGAGAAAUCAGAAAAAUAUUGGGGUGAUUUUGUUAGGAAGAGGUAUGUACCUCUAUUUCAAAGAUAUGAAGUUGAUUUGGUGAUAAGUGGACAUCAACAUAAUUACCAACGUGGUCAAUUCGAUGGUACUGUUUACACCAUAAUUGGUGGUGCAGGUGGCGAAUUAGAUUAUGAGAGAGUUGAAGAUUGGAAAAUUUAUUCAAUGGUUAAAAAAAUUCAUCAUUACGUGUUGAUUGAAAUUUGGUCUGAUAAAUUGAUUUGGGUAGUUUAUGAUAUUAAUAAUAAAGUUAUUGAUAAAUUUGAGUUAGGAAAGAGAGCCAUUUUUACUUAA